AUUUCGAUCUUAUGAAAUGAAUUGAUAAAAGUAAUAUUUAUAUUUUGUUCCUAGAUGAUCAAAUUAUUGGUUUUGCUGGUGGUGUUUACGGAAAUCUAUGGACCUGCUUCUGCUUACCGGCGGGUCUGCUACUAUACCAACUGGAGUCAGUAUAGAAACAGUAUUGGAAAGUUCUAUCCCGAAAAUGUGGAUCCAAAUCUAUGCACCCACAUCGUUUACGCUUUCGCCAAACUCAAUGGAAAUCGGCUGGCACCAUUCGAGUGGAAUGACGAAAGUACUCCAUGGAUGAAGGGAAUGUAUGCACGUUUCAACAACCUGAAGCAACAAAAUCCCUCCCUCAAGACUCUGUUAGCUGUGGGAGGUUGGAACAUGGCAUCCGCUCCAUUCACUAGAAUGGUGGCUUCUGACGCCAGCCGCAGAGAGUUUGCUACCAGCACCGUCCAGUUCCUGAAGAAACAUGGUUUUGACGGACUUGACUUAGACUGGGAAUACCCCGCGAACAGAGGAAGUCCUCCACAGGACAAAAAUAACUUUGUAGAACUACUCAAGCUUCUACACAAUACCUUCGCAAGUGAAGGGCUUUUGUUGACUACUGCUGUUCCUGCUGGCAAAUCGACUAUAGAUACAGGAUAUGACGUACCUGCCAUAUCCAGGUAUGUUGACCAGAUCAACUUGAUGGCGUACGAUCUUCAUGGAGGUAGCUUCGAUAGCAAAACUGGACACAACAGUCCGUUAAAGGGUCAUCCAGCAGAAACUGGAAAUGACGUAUACUUCAAUGUGGAAUUUGUAUUAAACUAUUGGAUUCAAAAGGGGGCACCAGCUUCAAAAAUAAACCUUGGAAUGCCUUUAUACGGCCGCUCUUUCACACUUGCCAGCACAAGCAACACGGGACUCUUUGCCCCAGACAGAGGAGCAGGAGGCAACGCGGGCACGUUUACCAGAGAGGCGGGAUUUUUAGCAUAUUAUGAGAUAUGCGAUUUACUGAAAUCGGGUGGUGUUCGGCAUUGGAUUCCAGAAAUGGAGGUUCCAUAUGUAGUAAGAGGAGACCAGUGGGUAGGGUACGACGACGAACAAAGUCUUCGCCUCAAGGUAGAUUUCGCUAAAAGUAAAGGUGUAGGUGGAAUAAUGGUGUGGGCUCUAGAUCUAGACGACUUUACCGGCAAAGAAUGCGGGAAAGGAAGAUAUCCUCUACUUCAUGCCAUCAAUGUUGAACUCAAUGCAGCCCAACCUCAGACAACAACCCAGAGUCCCUUGACGACAACAAUAACCCAUAGGACGACAAGACACCAUCAACAAACAACUCACAUCAAUAUAUUUAAUCCAGUAACAACUCAUACUCAACGCCCUAUUCACACAAGCCAGUCAUUCAGCUGUAAUACGAGAGCUAGUGGGUUUUAUGCGGACCCUGCCUCUUGCACGCACUACUAUAUCUGUGUCGGAGGCAGAAGUUUUGGUGUAGACUGUGCAAAUGGACUUCACUUUAAUGAUGCAACCAAGUAUUGUGAUUGGCCAAGAAAUGCUAACUGUCAAAUACAACAAUCUGUUUUGACAACUGCAAGAUCGACCCACGCUCCGAUCACAACAAAGCAACAGUGGCAGACGACAACGCCUUUCUAUCACGUCAUCACAGCUCGACCGACACAGGCAACAACUAUACCAAACUUAGGUGCAAAUGCAAAUGCUUUUUGCCAACACAAAGCGGAUGGACUAUACCGUGACCCGACAAACUGCGGAAUGUAUUAUCAGUGCGAUAUGAAUUUCGGAUUCCACGAGCCUUGUCCUCCGGGCCUAGUUUUUAACGAAGCUCUCGCUGAAUGUGACUACUCCUACAAUGUUCCCCAGUCUAAUAUUUUUCAGAUGUUAAAAACCCUUAUACCGUUGCUUGCCCUGGCAUUCACUUUUGCCGCGGGAUAUCGACGUGUUUGUUAUUAUACCAACUGGGCCCAAUACAGAAGUGGACCCGCCAAAUUCUACCCCGAGAAUGUCGAUCCCUCCCUCUGUACACAUGUCAUCUAUGCAUUUGCCAAAAUGAACGGAAACCAUUUGGCGCCAUUUGAGUGGAACGAUGAGAGCACCCCAUGGAUGAAGGGAAUGUAUGAGCGCUUCAACAAAAUGAAACAGCAGAAUCCCUCUGUAAAAACUCUGCUGGCCGUGGGAGGAUGGAACAUGGGAUCCGCUCCUUUUACAAGAAUGGUGGCCACUGCUGCGGGUAGAAGAGACUUCGCCACCUCUUCUGUCCAAUUCCUUAAGAAGCACGGCUUUGAUGGUCUCGAUAUAGAUUGGGAAUACCCCGCAAACAGAGGAAGUCCCCCACAAGACAAACAAAACUAUGUCGAGUUAAUGAAGAUCCUUCACGAAACACUGUCACCCGAGGGGUUAAUGCUGACAUGCGCUGUGCCUGCUGGAAAGAGUAACAUCGACACCGGAUAUGACGUCCCUGCAGUUUCUAAGUAUGUGGAUGAGAUAAAUCUGAUGACGUACGAUUUACACGGAGGUGGCUGGGAGGAUAAAACCAAUCACAACGCCCCUCUCAAAGCUCAUCCCCGGGAAACCGGAAAUGAAACAUAUCUCAAUGUCGAAUGGGCUGUAAACUACUGGCUACAGAAGGGAGCUCCAGCCGAGAAGUUGAACGUAGGUUUACCUCUCUAUGGACGUUCCUUCACACUGGCCAGUUCCAGCAACAAUGGUCUGUUUGCUCCCGACAGAGGCAAUGGCGGACAGGCUGGAAGAUACACCAGGGAGGCCGGAUUCCUGGCUUACUACGAGAUCUGUGAGAUGCUGAAGAGUGGAGGUACACGCCAUUGGAUUCCUGAAAUGGAGGUACCUUACGUCGUCAAAGGUGAUCAAUGGAUUGGCUACGAUGACCCAGAAAGCUUGAAAAAGAAGGUUGACUUUGUCAAAAGUAAAGGUGUCGGUGGUAUCAUGGUUUGGGCUUUGGAUCUCGAUGAUUUUAGCGGAAGUUGUGGAAAUGGAAAAUAUCCUCUUCUCCAUGCUAUCAAUGAUGAAUUGAAGGCUGGACCUCAACAAUUAAGAUUGACCAAUGCCCCUACAACUGCUGCUCCAACAAUGGCGCCUGUCAAAACCACGCAGCCAGCACAGCAUCAGACCACUCACGUCAAUAACCACCCAACCAAGGCUCCAAGCACUACUACUACUUCAUCUGUCAAAACUACUCAUCACAUCGGAUCGACUAGUCGCUUUGAUUGUACUGGAAAAGUCAGUGGUUUCUAUGCUGAUCCAAGUUCCUGCACACAGUACUUCAUUUGUGCUGGUACCCAGAGUUUCGAGGUGUCCUGUGCUUCUGGACUUUUGUUCAAUGAAGCCACCAAAUAUUGUGAUUGGUCAUACAACGUAAAUUGCAAAGUUCAGCAGCAAGCCCAUCCAACAACACAUGCUCCUGUUCCAACCAACCCACCAAAGACGACGCAUGCGCAAGCGCACGUGACGAAAACCACCACGUGGGCACCGGCUCCGACCACACACGCUCAGAGCAUUCCAAACAUAGGUGUUGAUGCUAACGCCUUCUGUAGCAGCCGAGCUGACGGUCAUUACAGAGACCCAACAGACUGUGGUAUGUUCUACCAAUGUGCCAUGAAUCUCGGAUUCCACGAGCCUUGUCCCCCGGGCACCGUCUUCAAUGAAGCCAUCAUAGCCUGUGACUACCCAUUCAAAGUUCCUGAAUGCAAAAAUUACCAGCCAUAGAAACUGUAGAAAAGGAUCUGUGUAUUUGAAGAGACAUUUUCCUGAUUUUUUUUCUUGUGAUUCGUUUGUGUUGUGUUUUGCUUUAGCUUACUGUUUGUAUCAUGCUUGAUUUUUGUAUCUUAAAAAUAAAAUAUCAUAGUUAUA